UGGUCUAUGCUCUUACCUCGAGCGUAAGGGUAAAAAAAAAGUUUGCAAACUUCAGGAGUGAAUUUUGGGGUUAGCGUGACACCUGAACCACACUUCAUGUCCAGACGCGGCUGUAAGCGGAUGAGGAAAAGACGCGAGAUGAAUGAAACAAAUCCACACUUUGGAAUUGCGACGAUGCUACUUUCUUCUCGCUUCUCGGACGACUGAAGCGCACCGCGUGUACUACCGACCUAUGACAUAUAUUUUGCUGCGUUUUGCCAAAUUUAGGAGAUUUUAGAUGAUGAAGUUUAAACCCAACCAGACCAGGACGUAUGACUGCGAAGGAUUCAAAAGACGAGCGGCGUGCUUGUGUUUCAGAAACGACUCCGAAGACGAGGUGCUACUGGUGAGCAGCAGCCGUCAUCCAGACCAAUGGAUUGUGCCAGGGGGAGGCGUGGAGCCUGAUGAGGAGCCCUGCGGGGCAGCUGUUAGAGAGAUUUAUGAGGAGGCUGGAGUUAAGGGGAAGCUUGGAAGACUUCUGGGAAUUUUUGAGCACAACCAAGACAGAAAGCAUAGGACAUAUGUCUAUAUCCUCAUUGUCACAGAGAUACUGGAGGACUGGGAGGAUUCUGUCAAUAUAGGAAGAAAACGUAAAUGGUUCAAGGUUGACGAAGCCAUUCGGGUGCUGCAGAGCCACAGGCCUGUUCAUGCUGAAUACCUGCACCGAUUCAAGAACACCCGGAGCUCCACCCGCAGAGUGGCGUGUCACCCAAGUAAUGGCAACCGACUGGGCUCACAAGUGAUGGACAACAAGACUCCUCUUUGUGUUGUUAAUGCCACACAAACCUCGGAUCUUGUCAACCGAUGAGAGAUUCUUGUAGGACUCCAAGAUGGAUUUAUCUGAAACACAGUUACCUACUUUACUUGCACAGUUGUAAACUAUGAACUACGGACUCCCAUGAUAUUGAUUUAAAAAUCAUUUUCAAGUGGGCUUUGAGAGUGCCAAAAUGUUUUCCAAUAAUAGUUGUAGUUGAAUGUGUAUUUUAUAGUAAUUAUCACCAAGUAAGUGGCUGAGCAAAUGUGUGUACCUUUACUGCUGCUUUCUUAUUUUUAGAGUUUUGUCUGCCCCUUACAGGACAUUUCUAUUACUGAUUAUUAGUCACAGUAUGUGAUUGUUGUUACAGCCAGCGUUUGCUUGAUCUCCUGGCGGCCAGUACCUGAGAAGUGCUGCAUCUCAAAGCGCCUUGGUUAAAAAUCAUUAAGGAGUUUAUCUUGUGCUUAAAAGAAUAAUAUACAAUGUGAAGUGCUAUGACUGUAAAGGUGCAGAGUAAAUCAAUACUACCUCAUGUAAGAGCGAGCUAAAGGCAAAGUCUGUGUAGACAUAAUUGCUUCACAUGUAAACAGCACUCAAUUAAAUUGUCAGUAUUUACACUAGAAUCACAUCUGAAUUAUCACUUGAAUAUUUGUGGAAUCAAUUCUAUUUAAUAUUCUGUGAAAUAAUUAAGUUAUUGUGCAGUAAAGGUGAUUACAAAAUCAUUUUGAACAAUUUAUCAAUAUCACACAAGAGGAAACGAUGUACUCUCCAACCUUUGGCAAAAUUAACGUUACUGUAUGCUGUAGGUACUUAUUAAUGGGCAGGGCUACUAGUUUGAUGAACACGCCAGAGGCUGCUUCAGAUUCAACUGCAUACCAAUAUUCAUCCUGAGGCUUAAAAUGAACAAUUUUAAUUUUUUAAAUGUACUAUGUAUUUUUUCAUCCAUAAAUUGAUUAUGAUUCA